AAACAUUUUAAGAAAGCAAUUAAAAAAUGGGAAUAGAGAGAAAGGUGCUCCAGAGGACUUCAGAUUGGCCUUACAGUGGCCACUCUUUCCUUGAGAGAUGCACCAGGCCCUGGGUUGUGGUUGCUGAGGCUUUGCAAGCCAGUGGGCCCCCAACCAUCUCAGGCUCUUCACAGGCAUUUCUUGCCAUCAGAGACUACAGUGGACACAUCGGUCUGGGUGUUCCGUGCUCAAAGGAGGUAGCUCCUGCCAUCCGUGGGGCCAUCAUCCUGGCCAACUCUUCCAUUGUCCUCGUGUGGAGAGGCUCCUUUGGGAACAAGAUCGGUAUGCCCAUGCUGUUCCAUGUGAAGUGGCUGGCUGCUAUGGUUCAUCCCUGCCACCCAGAGGCACUGACAUUGUCUCAAGAAGCUACUGACGAUGGCCGGGGUUGACAACUCUACACCUCGGCCAGGGCCUCCACUGCCACUCUGGGCAACUUUGCCAAGGCCACUUUUGAUGCAUUUUCCAAGACCUAUAAAUGUCUCACCCCUGACCUCUGGAAAGAGACUGUGUUCACCAAGUCUCCCUAUCAGGAAUUCACUGACCAUCUUGUAAAGACCCCUGCCAGAGUCUCUGUGCAGCGGACCCUGGCUCCCACUAGGGCCACCACAUAGUUUUACACAAGAAAAAUAAAGUGAAUUAAAGCCUGAUUAAAAACAUAUAUAUAAAAAUUAAGAGGGGCACUGGUUUCUGUAGUGGUUGUACCAGUUCUAGGUGCUCUUCAUCCUUGCCAACAACACUUGGCCUUUUGGGUCUUUUUUAUCGUUGCUGCUCUAGGGGGUGUGUCGUAUCUUAUCACAGUUUUCACUUGCAUAUCUCUGAUGCACUAUCCAGUCUCCAUGGUGACACCCAGUGAUUCUGACCUCCUGGUAUUCAUGCCAUUGUUUAGUCCAAUCCCAUAAAAAGUAGGGAUGGCCUGUAUAACAAAUGACCUAUUGCAGGAAUAACAACUGAGUGACUUCUGAGCCUUGGUCGUAGAAAACAUUAUAGUUUCUGUGUUGUUCUCUCUGAGACCACUCACUCUGGGGAAAACCAGCUGUCAUAUCAUGAGGACACUCAAGCAACCCUAUGGAGAAGUCUGUGUGACAAGGAGCUGAGGCCAUGUGCCAAUAGUGCUAAUUUGCGAGUCAUGGAGUGAGCCAUUUUGUAAGUGGAUCCUCCAGUCCCAGUCAAGUCUUCUUGCUGAUAACCUGACGGCACACUCAUGAGAGACACUCUGAGACUGAACCACUCCGCUGAGCCAUUCCUGGAUUCCUGUCCUACAGAAACUGUGUGAGAUUUUAUGUAUUUCACAGAGAAAGCACAAGCAGGGGGAGCUGCAGAGGGAGACGGAGAAGCAGGCUUUCCGCUGGGCAGGGAGACGAAGGCGGGGCUCAAUCCCAGGACCCAGGGAUCCUGACCUGAGCCGAAGGUAGAUGCUUAACCGACUAAUCCACCCAGGCGCCCCUAUUUAAUAAUCUUCUGAUGUUGAGUCUGUUCUACAGAGAUUCAGACAAAGUUUGUACACCUAAAACCAAGAGGGAAACCAAAAAGAAGUAACUGGAAACCACAAGCCUCCCCCCGAAAUCCGUCCUGCCCCUCCAGGGCCCGCCCUCCACUAAGCCACGCCUCUUUGGGAUCUACGCUUUAGCUUCAGCCAGCCUUCCGCUAGGGGCUCUCUUCCAGGAUCCCGCCAAGGCUCAUUUACUCGCGAGAGUUCUUUCGUCUAGGCGAAUCACAAGGGGGCGACAGGAGAGACAGAGAAGAGUCGCGAGAUUUGGCUCGACCACAUCCCUCCCCAGACUCCUCCUCGCCUCCUUCCCCGCGCUCCUUCGGCAAGGCUUCCGGGGUUGCACGUGUAGUUGUUGUGGUUCGAUCUCACGUGGCCGCGGAAGUGCCGCACUACUGGUCCGCCUCCAAGAUGGCGGCGCCUAGUGAAUGAGAGCCUCGUCUGAUAGCCUGGGAGGUGUCUGCGGGGCCAUGGACCGGCCUGGGUUCACGGCUUCGCUCGUGGCUGGUGGGGUAGCAGGUGUUGCUGUUGACUUGAUACUAUUUCCUCUGGAUACCAUUAAAACCAGGCUUCAGAGUCCACAAGGAUUUAAUAAGGCUGGUGGUUUUCGUGGAAUCUAUGCUGGCGUUCCUUCUGCUGCUAUUGGAUCCUUUCCUAAUGCUGCUGCUUUUUUUAUCACCUAUGAAUAUGUGAAAUGGUUGUGGCACACUGAUUCAUCUUCAUAUUUAAUGCCUGUGAAGCAUAUGUUGGCUGCCUCUGCUGGAGAAGUGGUUGCCUGCCUGAUUCGAGUUCCUUCUGAAGUGGUUAAGCAGAGGGCACAGGUAUCUGCCUCUUCGAGAACAUUUCAGAUUUUCUCUAACAUCUUAUAUACAGAGGGCAUCCAAGGAUUGUAUCGAGGCUACAAAAGCACAGUUUUAAGAGAGAUUCCUUUCUCAUUGGUCCAAUUUCCCUUGUGGGAGUCCUUAAAAGCCCUGUGGUCCUGGAGGCAGGAUCAUGUGGUGGAUUGUUGGCAGUCAGCAGUCUGUGGAGCUUUUGCAGGUGGAUUUGCAGCUGCAGUCACCACACCUCUGGAUGUGGCGAAAACAAGAAUCAUGUUGGCAAAGGCUGGUUCCAGCACCGCUAGUGGGAAUGUGCUGUCCGCGCUGCACGGGGUCUGGCGGACACAGGGGCUGUCAGGAUUAUUUGCAGGUGUCUUCCCUCGAAUGGCAGCCAUCAGUCUGGGAGGUUUCAUCUUUCUUGGUGCUUAUGAGCAAACCCGCAGCUUGCUCUUGGAACUUGGCAGAGAGCGCCCCUGAAUCGGGGACGGUGCCCCAGGCAUGGCUCUCAAGAAAGGGGGCGCCGGGGGAGCAGCCGCACGGUCCCCCACACCGGCCUCGUGUGUGAAGAUGGGGACCUUGAGAACAGUGUCUUCCCUGCUGUCGGAUGGCUGGCAUGCUCACGUGGAACUCUGGCCACAGCGGUACUCCCAACCCUUUCUCAGGCCCCUGAAUAAAGCCGUGAGGUGAUGCUGAGUCCAGGCUGCUUAGAGCCUUCAUUUGAUCUGCACCGGAUCUCGCAUUUCCCGACCGCGGAAGGCAGAGACGCUUCUAAUUCCGAUGGGGAGGCUGGACCGGGAGCAGGAAGGAAGGAGACUCCGAGGGAAGGUGGGCCCGCGGCUGGGUGUCUCCCUGUGGUGGUGCUUAGGGCCAUCUUCUGGGCAGCCAGGCUGCUACUCUUAAUUUCCCUCAGAUUUCCCCUAAAAACACGAUUGUAGUAUUUUGGAGAGAAGCAUCCAGCAGCCCACGUGGUGUGUGCGAGAAAGCAAGCAGCUGCAGCCCAGGGCCUAGGUGGGCCUGGCUGGCUCCGGGGCAGGAGGGCAUGGCGGGCCCACUGGGGGCCUGAGCCCCACUCCACGCUUCUCCACGUGGGACCCAAAGGAGGGGCCUGGGCCAGCCGGGAGACCAAGCACGGUGUCUUCGUGCCUAGUCGGGAAGGUAUGCUGCGCAGUCUUGGAAAUGAGCCGGGAUAAAAUGGGGAGGUCACCAUUUCAGAGCUUGACUAAUAAGCUCCAGGUGUUUGUUAGAAGAAUUCAGAGAGAAAUCUUAGGAAUCUAGGGGUGGUGUAUCUUCCCCGGAGCAAAGAAGUGUAUGAUUCUGCUUUGCCGAGAAGAAAUUUUCCUCUUUUUGGGAAAACAUAGAUCAUUAAAGGCAGAAUAACUGCAUUUGUAAGGGAGUUUCUGGAAGGGAAGGGGGUGAAACGGUGGGUAGAAGAAUGCCCCCAGGCACACCAUCAACAUUUAUAAAUGAACCUUUAUUAAAGACACUUCAACGCUGUUAGACACUUCAAUAUUUUACAUGUUUUUCAAUGUACAUUGUACCAAAAUUUCUAUAAAUAAAUAACUUUGUACAUAAAAGUAAUACUUCCUCUUUCACAUUGCCUCUCAGAAGCAGCAAAUUCACAUAUUUUGUGGAAGUAACAUUAAUCAGUUGACUGUUGAGAACACAAUUCUAAAUGUGCUUACCUUUUAGAACAGUGAUGACCCCGGACAGUAAAAUUAUCUUAACAACUAUUUUGUCAGUCUCUACCUUCAGCUUUUUGGCUAAAGGAACUUACUUACUUACUUGCUUUCUGAGAUUUUUUAAAGGACCUUGUUUCAAUGUAAUUUUUCCUGAAAUACACAUUGGCACUCACAAGAUGGUUAGCUACAGGUCUCGAAAGUGCAAAUAUACCCAGGUCGGGGGCUUCGACUCGUUACGGUCCCAGCCCGGGUCUGUGUGUGAGGGAAGGACGUGGACAGACGUGCUCCGGAUCCUCAGUAGAGAGAAGCUAGCCCUGAAAAGUAAGGACUCGACCCUUUCUCUCCCCCCUGAUCAACGUCACGUGAAUUAUAUUGGCAGAACUAAAACAUCACUAUUGAAAAAUCCACAGGUACCAACACCAGCAGCCUCUACCUUAGUAAAAUAAGCCUCAAAGGACAAUCGAGUGAUACUGAUGACCACCACGUUUGCUUUUCUCAGAGAAGGAAGGAAGGCAGUGCUUCACUGUUUGGAACAAAGGCUUGCAGUGGAUCAACAAGCCCCCUUCUGCUCGGCAAGGAACUUAAACUUACAAGAGCAAGUCCUGUAGGGCAGAGGUACGGGGCGACUCGGGCAUCUCAGGACGCUGCGGGGAGGCGAGCUGCUGGAGCGUUACUGACGGGAAGUGGAUUCCAAUGCGGAUUCCAAUGCACAUGAAGGCCCGGAGUGGCCCGCAUCCCAGGGUGUUGUCCUGGGAAGUGCAAGGCAAACCCCAGGCCUGCCCCCCCUCCCUGCCCUCCAGAAACUCUUGGGAGCAAAUGUGGUUUUUAGCCUCUACAAAUUCCAUCCAUGCAUUAAGGCACCAGAACUCUUCCCCACCCCGCUUCCAAAAUUAAACAGCAACCUGAUAUGAAAAAUAAUAUUGUCAAAACUGUACUUUUUUUCUGUUAACCAUGCACUACAGAUUAAAAUAGCCUCUGCAAAAGAUAUAUAAUAUAUAGGAAAUCUCUGAAAACUCUUAUGUACAAGGGUAUCAAAUACUUUUCUGCUUUUGUACACAAUAGCCUCUUGCAGUUCUGCGCUUCAGCUGCAAGUCUUUAAACCACGGACACUCCACAUGGGAGUUUAAAAACUCUGUACACGUCAGUGACGCUUGAACUCAAGCUUCUUACAGCCUCUCCUACCUCUCUUUCCUGUAGAGACGGGCACAAGAGCUGAGGUAGACGAAGCCUAGAUUUUCGGUGCGAAGAGCAGGGGCACGCCCCGCUUCCCGGGGGCCUGUCCUGUCAGCGCUGGGGACUCGGGGCUGGAGUCACACGCCUGGGGGAGGUGUCCGUUGGAAAGAAGCAAGUGCUGGCCUUCACUGGGGCCCUCGGGAAAGCCCGUGGCGGCUUCGGUGAGCUCAGGACUGCUUGGAGUUAAUGUCGAGGGAGGCUGGAGGUCUCUGGAGUCUGGCUCACACAGCCUUGCUAAAGUCCACGAAGAGGCCCCUGUGCGAAGGGAGAGGGCGCGUCAGAGCCCGCAGGCUGGCUGCUUACCUGGCCCCCCUCCCCCUGCCGGUGCCGCCCUGGGAGACCGUGAACGUCUGCCUACCUGUCCCAUCUGCAGGUGCCAGUGGCUUUUUCUUCAAGGAUGUCCGCAUUCUGUCGUGGUUACUGGGGUAGAGGGACCCCCUGCAGUCGGUGCGGGACCCGUCAGCAAUCCCAGGGGUCAGAUGAGGCAGAGAGUGUUCUCGGGCCGUCUGACUGGGCUCCUGGCUGCUUAGUGUCCCUGGCUGUGUACUGUCUCUGGGCACAGGCGGAGGAUAGACAGCUUGUUCCUUGCAGUAACCGUCCGUGUCCGUGUUGCAGUCCCCACACGCCCCCGGGCCACCAUGCUCUGCGAGAGCGAGCCGAGACGGAUUAGAGCCACGGCCACCGAGGUCUGCUUCCCCGCCCAGAACAGGGAGCUGCAGUCCCCGGCUAAGAGGCCUGAGCCCUGCUUAGACCAACUCUUUCAAACUUCCCCUCUCCCCAGGUGUGGUCCCAGAAGGAGGACUGGGCAGAUACCAAGCCAUUAAGGAAGAAUGGGCACUCCAUGUUUCAAUGGUUCAGAUGAACUGCUUCAUGAGAGAAGAUGAUCCUACUGUUUUGAUCACAGAAAAAGAAAAUCCCAUUGCAUGACAUACCAUGUUGUCAGGAAUCUUCCGAAUAAUUAGAAAUAUAGCCUCAAAAAUAGGCCUGGUGAAAAGGUACUUUAAGUAAAGCGCAAGGCCCAACCUGAAGUGCUUAUAAAUCUGGAAAGUUCAAGCCCAGGCUCACCACACCACAGAUUUAUGUGAGACUUGCUACUUCAGAAUUACGAGAGCCAGGCCACAGUGUCCUGUUUCUACACCGAAUACCAAAUUCUGAGAUCCUCAUAGACCCAUAAUGCAUCUCUCACUUUUAUUUAAUGAACAGGUCUGUUUGAAUUUUGAUUUCAAGAAUGGAAGACUUUGGAAGAGCAUCUCUUACCCAUCUUCUGCGGCCCAGACCUCCGCCGGGCUUUCUCCAUCACGUUCCAGGGCUCCCUGUUACAGCCGACGCAGAGCUUGGGCUGCCUGCACGUAGAGCCAUGAGCGUCCACUUCUGAGAAGAGGCUGGUGUCCGGUGGACAAACACCUGCAGUAAAAUGAUGGGCUUAGCUUGUUAGGGUGAGCUUGAUGAGAACAAGUGGCGCUUACUAGAACAGUCCCUUUUACACUGUUCUUUACAGCAGUAGGUGCCUGCUGACCAGCAAGAAGCAUUUGUAACAAGCUGCCCCACAGGCAGGCCUUUCAGUGUCCGGGGCCAAGCCGGUGAGCGGUCCGUGUGAGGACGGACUUGCCCCCUGUAAGCACUCGGUCUCCCCUAGAGGUAGCUCACCCUGGGAGAGCUUUCUAGUAGCAGAAAUUGGACCACAGAGCAGACCUGGGCCCAUGCCCUACUCAACAAAUGGAUUGGUUUCAGGGUCUGUAAUGGCCUCUGCAGCUUCUUCAAUCCUACCUUAUCCUGACCAGGAGAUGCUGAGCCCAAUAUAGCAACUUCCUGGGGGUUGGAUUUUUAAAACCUUGCAGAACAUGCAUAGGAUAGGGCCCCUCCCCCAAAAAACAAAAAAAAAACAAAAAACCCCAACAGAAGGCUUGAGUCCGCCAGCCUUCAAGGUCAGAUGCGCUCAGCAUUAAGGCCGUGCACCUGCCCUGGGGAGGGGCAGAGGCUCGUGAGGACAGGGUCACAGCAGGCUUUGAGGCCUUACCGUUGAUCUCGAUGUGUCCAUUGGCCUGAGGGCCACCCUCUGUCCUGAUCACAGUUUCCUGCCGGUCAGAAAGAGUCCCCUGAGAUGAGAGGUAGCUUGGAACAUCCGGUGGCACAAUGGUUUCAUCUGCAAGGAGACAGGACAGUCAGAUACCAGGUGUCCCCCAUUCUUCGUGGGGAUUAGCCGUGAAAACACGGGCUCCCUAUCCGGCCCGGACAUGAGGCUUUGCCGAAAGCAGCCGCCCAGGCUGUGCAGAGAUGGUCUGGAGGGCCCGGCUUAGCCGCACUUUCCACUUGGGUGUAAAAAAUACAGCAGCUGGAGCUCUGAGCCCAUGAGAGAGCGAGUGGGGAUGGCGAGGGAGCCAGAACCAGCAGAAGCACAAUACAGGCGGUCACUGCAGCAAUGAGCGGCCGGCGCAGCCCCGCGCCCUGCCUCCUCCCCACACAGCACCGUGCUUCCCUCCUGCCCUGGGGGCCUGAGCUCAGCCAGCAGAGGCUGACCUGUGUUGGUGACACUGUACUCCUCGCUCUUCUUCCGGGUCUGGUAGAUGAUGCACACCCAGACCAGGGACGUCAGGACAAUGCUGCACACCACGGCGAUGGUGAAGAUGCCCACGGUGCUGCCGUCCUUCCUGCAGCCGGGGGCAGGCCGGAUGCUCAACUGGCUGUGCGCGCGCUCCGUGCCCAGGGUGUUGGAGAUCUCGCACGUGUACUGGCCCGCGUCCUCCACCACCACGUUCUGGACGAUGAGCAACUGGUUGCCAGGCGUGAAGUGGUGCCGCUCGGUGAGGCUCAGAGGGCGGCCCCCCUUUAACCAGGUGAUGCGGGGCGUUGGGUUCCCGGUCGCUUUGCACUGGAGUGCCACCGUUUCUCCCAUGGACACCACACGGUCUUCUAGGGGCACCACCAAGGAUGGGGUUU